CUGUCCGGUAUUAGAGCUGGUCAGAAUGAGAAGCGCGAGACUCCUGGCAAGGCGCACGCUGAGCGUGUCCUACGCGCAGCGGCAGGUGCACACGCAGCAGAAGCCCGCGCCCGCAGUGGGCAUCAUCGGUGCGCCUUUCAACAAGGGACAGCCCAGAGACGGAGUGGAGAUGGGACCGGGUGUGAUCCGGCAAGCGGGAGUGGUGGACAAACUCAAGGCUCUAGGUUGCGUAGUGAAGGAUUAUGGAGAUUUGGAUUUUCCACCGGUGCCGAACGACCCUCCAGUGAGCGGGGCGAAGAACCCCUUGGCGGUGGGUGGAGCCAAUUUUACCCUGUCAAAGAAAGUGCAGUUGGCAAAGAUGGAUGGGAACAUCAGUGUGAUGCUCGGUGGAGACCACAGUUUGGGGAUCGGAUCCAUUGCUGGGCACACAAAAGCAGUGGGCGAAGUGGCCGUGGUGUGGGUCGACGCUCACUCUGACAUCAACACGCCACUGACAUCAACCACUGGAAACAUGCAUGGCCAACCCAUCUCCUUCCUGAUCCAUGAGCUGCAUGCUAAGGUUCCAGCUCUGCCAGGCUUUGAGUGGCUCAAACCGUGUCUUUUGUCCAAAAAUCUGGUGUACAUCGGUCUGAGAGAUGUGGAUCCUGGAGAGCACUGCAUGCUGAAGUGGCUGGGCGUGAAGGCAUACUCCAUGACCGAGAUUGAUCAACUCGGCAUUGCCAAAGUGAUGGAAGAGACGUGCGACUACGUCUGUGAUAAACUAAAGAAACCAAUUCACAUGAGCUAUGACGUUGAUGCCAUUGACCCCACUGUUACCCCGGCAACCGGAACACCUGUGGUUGGAGGUUUGACCUACAGGGACGGGAUCUACAUCACCGAAGUCAUUCACCAAACUGGUCAGCUCUCUGCACUGGACGUGGUGGAGGUGAACCCUAAGAAGAUCCAGAACGAGGAUGGCAUCAAGUCCACUGUUAACACAGCCGUCGACGUGGUGCUUGGCUGUUUUGGACGUCAGCGUGAAGGAAACCACCCGCCUGACUAUGUGAUACCCGAGCCAGCCGCGCCGCUCUCAGGUUCUUCUCGUUGAUGCAAAACCGCUUAGAUCGUUAGCCUGACUACAAAUCAGUUUUUAAUCUUCUGCUCAUUAGCACAAAUAUUUUAAGUUGCGGAGGUGGGGGGGUGUUGAAUCACAUUACAUAGAAUUCCUGCUAUGCUGCUUUUUUUAAUGCAUCCAGACUGUGAAGAGAUGGUAUUUGGGAGAGGUUCAGCAUUUGGUCAUGAAAAAGUGAAGCCAAAGGUUAAAAAUUUUGUCAGGUGACAUAAUUUGAAAGCAGACUGCAGUUAAUAAGGGGGCAGAGCCAGAAAGGUGAUGGAAUGCAGCUGGGUUAGUGUUUCAGGCUUAAAUGUAAAUGUGAUGUUGACUCCCAGCAGACACAUUAGUGAUCUGUCUGUUUUUAAACCGUCAGAGUAUCUGUAUGUUUUACGGCGGAAUCUGACAUACAGCGGCGGGGUUGAAUAACCUCAUUCCAGUCAGCCACUAAAGGGCGUCAGCAGUGUUUUGGCUCCACUUUUUUACCUUUCUGUGCAGUAAACUGAUUCAAUGUGAAGCAACAUUAUCACUCGGUCUUCCUGUGUUCACCAAGUCAGUUUAUCUGCUUUUACAAAUGCAGACUUUCAGCCAAUAAUCAGGAAAAAAAAAGUUUAAUUCAAAAUAACUAAGCAAAAAUAAUAAUAAUAAAUGCAAUGUAUCACCAAGCAAAAAGCUAUUGUGCCUUUCAGAGUGAAUGAGAGUUUUUGUUUUGUACAAACUGUCUGUGACCUGAAGUCACCCAGCGUGGGUUUGAUGACCUAAUGUGCACUGAUCUCCAACUGCAGAUUUACUUUUUUUUUUUAAGCACUUUCAUGUAGAAUUUCAACAGUUUAUUAAAACCAUUCCAAGUGUUUGAAAUUGUAUUCUCUCCAGCGUGCUGCCUUCAGGUGCUCUUCACGCAAGUUUAUGCACUGAUUCUGCCUCUUUUUCUCCCAGUGGUCUGAAUACUGAGUUUGUGGAAUGUUCAAAUCUGAGGUUUGAGCUCGAGCGAGUGGUGCUUUAGUUACUAACAUUCACGUCAGCCUGCUAUUGUACUGAAUAACAGUGAUUUCUGACGAUUCCUGCAUUUGAAUGCAGCAGCACUAAAACAUACAGCUUUAAAAAAAUAAAGAUUUUUAAUGUUCA